GCGCCACCCAGCAUGGCUGCGGGAAUCAGGACAGUCAUCCUCCUGUCCUUUGUCCUCGCACUCGGCUUCCUGCUCAUCAUCCUCUCCUGUGCGCUGUGGUCCAAUUGGCUUCCGUUGCUCGUUGCUCUUAUCUACGUCCUCUCGCCUUUGCCUAACUCGCUAUGCGCCAAAGUUGCCGGCUACGAUGACUACUCGGCCGACUACAACUCCGCCUUUGUCGAUUUCGGCAACUUCCUCACCGCCCUCAUGGUUGUCUCCGGGUUCGCCUUGCCCCUCACACUCGCACAUGCAGGCGUCAUUACCGGCACAGCGUGCCUCAUGAGCGUCUCCGGUGGCGCGUUGGUAUAUGGCACUAUCCUUGCUUACUCGGGCUUCUUUGCCGAGAGUGAAGACGUGUUCUGACUUGUCAGGCAUCAACGCUGUUCCACACCGUUUCUCCGUUUCUCUCAGCCGUACCAAGACCGUGACGCCGAGCGUAAAAUGCAAAGCUUUUGAUUCACGUGCCA